GCGAGGCUUCCGCCGAGGCCCCGCUCCUCCCAGAGGGCGGCGCGACCGCCCGGGCCGGCCUCGCGGGGGGUUGUGGGGCGGGCAGCCCGGCGCCCGGAGACGACGCCGGGAGCCGGGUGGGCGGGGGACUGCAGAUCCCGGCAUGCCCCGCGGCGGGCCCUACCGGCCGCGACUCCGGGCUCGGCCCCGGCCCUAGCUCGUCGGCCGUGUGCUGGGGCGCGCGGCGGCUGCGGUCACGGUGGCGCCCGCGGGGACGGAGGAGGGAAUGAGUGAAGAGGAGCAGGGCUCCGACACCACCACAGGCUGCGGGCUGCCCAGCAUAGAGCAAAUGCUGGCCGCCAACCCGGGCAAGACCCCGAUCAGCCUUCUUCAGGAGUAUGGGACCAGAAUAGGAAAGACGCCGGUGUACGACCUUCUCAAGGCCGAGGGCCAAGCCCAUCAGCCCAAUUUCACCUUCCGGGUCACCGUUGGCGACACCAGCUGCACUGGUCAGGGCCCCAGCAAGAAGGCAGCCAAGCACAAGGCAGCUGAGGUGGCCCUCAAACACCUCAAAGGGGGGAGCAUGCUGGAACCAGCCUUGGAGGACAGCAGUUCUUUUUCUCUCCUAGACUCCUCACUGCCUGAGGACGCUCCCGACGCUGCUGCAGAAGCUGCGGCUCCUGCUCCAUCUGCCGAGCUGACCAGGAGCCCCCCCAUGGAGAUGCAGCCCCCUGCCUCUCCUCCGCAGUCUGAGUGCAACCCUGUCGGUGCUCUGCAGGAGCUGGUGGUGCAAAAAGGUUGGCGCUUGCCAGAGUACAUGGUGACCCAGGAGUCCGGGCCUGCUCACCGAAAAGAGUUCACCAUGACCUGCCGGGUGGAGCGUUUCGUGGAGAUUGGCAGCGGCACUUCCAAAAAGCUGGCGAAGCGCAAUGCAGCAGCCAAAAUGCUGCUCCGAGUGCACACGGUGCCUCUUGACGCGCGGGAUGGCAUCGAUGCAGAGCCCGAGGACGACCAUUUCUCCAUUGGUGUCAGCUCCCGCCUGGAUGGACUUCGGAACCGGGGGCCAGGCUGCACCUGGGAUUCCCUGCGCAACUCUAUGGGAGAAAAGAUCCUGUCCCUUCGCAGUUGCUCCAUUGGCUCUCUAGGGGCUCUGGGCUCUGCUUGCUGCAGCGUUCUCAGUGAGCUGUCUGAGGAGCAGGCUUUCCACGUCAGCUACCUGGAUAUUGAGGAGCUGAGCCUGAGCGGGCUGUGCCAGUGCCUGGUGGAGCUGUCCACCCAGCCCGCCACCGUGUGCCACGGCUCUGCAGUUACCAGGGAGGCAGCCCGAGGCGAGGCCGCUCGCCGUGCCCUCCAGUACCUCAGGAUCAUGGCGGGUAGCAAGUAGCUCCCUGACUGCAGUGUUGUACAUGCGCCCUUCUGCCCCUGGGCCUGUGCACUGACCUGGCUCUGGAGCCCUCCAGAGGGGCCGUCUCUACUGUUGACACCGCCUGACUGCUUGGAGACUGAGGAAGGCGCAGGCAAGCCAGGAGCCACAGGGCCCGGCCAGCGCAGGGUUUGACCUGUCUGUGGAUGACGAAUGGAAAGAGGUUGGAAUUCUAUCGGAGUACAGAAUAAAUGCUGCUCUCUGGCUUCCCAAACCGUGCUGUCUCUGGUCUGGGUCAUGAGAUUGUCCAGAAUAAAUGCAGUGUAUUUGUUCUUCC